AUGCUCUAUUAUCGAAUGAAAGAAUUCAAUGGGGCAUUUGAUGAUUUCACACGAGCUAUUCAACUCAAUCCAAAUGAUCCUAUUCACUAUUACAAUAGGGGGAAUAUUUCAAGAAGGAGAGGCAAUUAUUCAGAGGCACUUAAGGAUUAUGAUCGAGCAUUGGAAUUGAAUGCCAAUUUUUCACAAGUACUAACAAUGAGAGGUGCCACUUACUUUGAAAUUGAAGAGUUUGAGAAGGCCAUUGCUGAUUGUGAGAGGAGUAUUGCUUUGGAUCCAAGUGAUAAUUGUAAUUUGUUGGUGAGGGGAAAGUCGUAUUUCAAGAGUGGAAAUUUAAUUGCUGCCUUUGCUGAUUUGAUGGAUUAUUUGAAAACUGAGCAGAAUAAUUCUGAUGCUUUAAGUUAUUUGGUCAAGCUCUACAAGAUUAUGAAGCAAUUUGAUACGGCCUAUGAGUUUUUGCUUCAUAUUGGAGAGAUUGAGGGAUUGAGCUUUGAGAAUGUUUAUGAGAGAGCUGAAUGCUUGGAGGAAAUGAAGAAUUAUCCUCUUGCUAUCAAACAUUGGACUGCAAUCAUGGAUAAUGAGCCUCAAAAUCCACGAAUUAUGGAAAUCCUUUUGAGAAGAGGACAAUGCUACAUGGAAAAUAAGGAAUUUUCUAAUGCUAUUAAGGAUUUCCAAUCAGUAAUUGAGUCAACAAGUUCAGAAAAUGAAUUGAAGGAAAGUGCUAAACAGCUCAUCCAAGCUUGUGAACAAUAA